AUGGCGGUGAAGGUGUACGGGUGGGCGAUCUCGCCGUUCGUGUCGCGGGUGCUGCUGUGCCUGGAGGAGGCCGGCGUCGACUACGAGCUCGUCCCCAUGAGCAGGGAGGCCGCCGACCACCGCCGCCCCGACUACGUCGCCAGGAACCCGUUCGGGGAGGUGCCGGUGCUUGAGGACGGAGAGCUCACCCUCUUUGAAUCCCUGGCGAUCGCGAGGCACGUGCUCCGCAAGUACAAGCCAGAGCGCCUGGGGUCCGGCAGCCUGGAGCAAUCGGCGCUGGUGGACAUGUGGGUGGAUGUGGAGGCCCACCAGCUGCAACCGCCGGCGGGCGCCAUCGCCGUCGAGUGCGUCAUCGCGCCCGCCUUGUUUGGCCGCGAACGCAACCAGGCCGUCGUCGACGAGAACGUGGAGAAGCUGAAGAAGGUGCUCGAGGUGUACGAGGCGCAGCUGGUGCAGAGCAGGUACCUCGCCGGCGAUGUGUUGACCCUCGCCGACCUCACCCACUUCACCAUCAUGCACUACUUCAUGGCCACCGAGUAUGCCACGCUGGUCGAGGCGCUCCCACAUGUCAGCGCCUGGUGGAAGGGUCUCGCUGCCCGGCCGGCGGCGAAGAAGGUGGCGGAGUUCAUGCCGCUCGGCGCCGGGGCACCCAAGAAACAGGAGUGA